AUGUUUCAUUGCAACGGGUGGACAUUCACUUGGGGAGUUGCAGCACGAGGAGGAACCAAUGGGAAACAUAAUCAGCAAUCACUCCUAAGCCAUCCUGUUGAAGUUCUCACAGGGGGUGCAGCACCACCAGCAGCUUUAUUAGAGAAGAUUGAAAAACUGGGCUUUCAUGUAACGCAUGCUUAUGGUUUAACCGAAGCAACAGGACCAGCAUUAGUUUGUGAAUGGCAAAGAAAAUGGAAUGUAUUACCAGCUCAUGAGCAGUCAAAACUGAAAGCAAGACAGGGUAUUAGUGUUCUUUCUCUUGCAGAGAUCGAUGUGAAAGAUUUAGGAACAAUGGCGAGUGUGCCAAGAGACGGAAAAUCGGUAGGGGAGAUCGUUUUACGGGGAAGUAGUGUUAUGAAGGGUUAUUUCAAAGAUGAAGAAGCAACACGGAAGGCUUUCAAAAAUGGUUGGUUUCUCACCGGUGAUGUUGGUGUUAUACAUACAGAUGGGUAUUUCGAAAUUAAAGAUAGAUCAAAAGAUGUGAUAAUUUCAGGGGGAGAAAAUAUACGCAGUGUCGAAGUUGAGGCUGUAUUGUAUCGACACCCUGAUGUUUUAGAAGCUGCUGUUGUUGCAAUGCCUCAUCCAUUCUUCAUCGAAACUCCUUGUGCUUUUAUUACAGCGAGAUCGAAAUAUGUUAACAAGAAUGAAGAAACUAAGAAAGAAAGAGGGAUGAUUGAAUUCUGUAGAAAAUCUCUUCCUCAUUUUAUGGCUCCUAAAAAGGUUGUGUUCCUGCAGGAACUUCCGAAGACUGCCACAGGAAAAAUUCAGAAAUUUGGAUUGAGGGCUCUGACGAAAACAUACAACCCACCUAGAUCCUCAUCAACACCACAGAUUAAGAGUAUUCAUCAGCAAACAACAGCUCGGUGCAGUUAUGUACCUAAUGAUCAUCAACAUCUUAAGCUUGAGCAAGUUCAUGCUAUGCCUCGUCUCUAA